AUGGGUAGCCAGGACGAGGAGCAGCGACUGGGAGUGCUACAUCUGGACAAAAGUCAUACCCGCAAAAGGAACCCGAAGAAAACCAAGAGAACGAAUUUUACGAGAAGUGCACUCACCGAAGAGGACAAACGCGCGCUAAGAUACGCUCAAGUUGAGCCGUUGUAUCAAAUGUGGUGUGAGUACUAUCGUGGUUUGCUAGGAGAUCGAGAAAAGAUGCCAGAUGAACGGAUGCUCAAAGCUGACUACCAUGGUGCUCUGGUGCUCGUUGCAGAAGCCCUUAAUCCCACAAUGAUUGGUAUCGUUGGAAUAAUUAUACUGGAAACAAGGCAGACAUUUCAACUGAUAGCCAAAGAUGACAAAUAUUUAGUAAUUCCGAAACAAGGAACGGCAUUACAGUUCAUUCUUGAUGGACGAGUUUUUACAUUGUUCGGUGAUGCAAUGAGAUACAAACCCUCGCUUCGAGGUAAGAGGCAUCGUCUGCGUGUCGCGUUACCAUUCUUCAUUAGAUGA